AUGUCAGUCUCUCUACAUCCAUUGAUCGACAACGGUAUCACCAAGGGAAGAAACAACUUCCCUGGUGGAAAGCUACGUUGCCAUUGCCCUAGCAACAAAGUGGAGGUGACCAUCACCGGCGACGUCCUUCACAACCAUGCGUGUGGAUGUUCUCAAUGCUGGAAGCCAGCCGGCUCGCUCUUCUCCAUCGUUGGCGUUGUGCCCGUUGCCAAUCUCAAGGUCACAGCCAACCAGGGCAAGUUAGCCGUCGUUGACCGAAAAGCCGCCAUCCAGCGUUACGCCUGCAAGCAAUGCGGCGUCCACCUGUUUGGUCGUAUCGAGAAGGACCAUGCCUUCAAGGGACUCGACUUCAUCCAUGUGGAGCUCUCAGAUGAGAAGGGAUGGCAGGAACCACAAUUCGCUGCUUUCGUCUCUUCGAUUAUUGAGCAGGGCUUCGAUCCGAAAGGGGCUGAUCAUGUCCGCUGGAAGUUGAGAUCUUUGGGCCUGGAGCCAUACGAUGUAUUAUCGCCCGCGCUCAUGGAUGCCCUCUCUACAUUUACUGGAAACAGGGCGGGGAAGCUGUGA